AUGGGUAAAGGCGAAGUAUUUCAUGAAGUAGCCGAGAAUGAGCAUCCAGGUUCAAUCUUUAAGAAAUGGGAGAUGGAAAAGCAAAUGGGAAACAAUAAGAUGGUGUUCAAAAAGAAAAAAGAUAAUUUCAAGUGGAAAGAAGAUGAGUUGGUUAGCAUAGCUGCAAGCACAAGUGGAUCGACCACACCUCCAGCAAGUGGAUCACCACCAACUCCGGCAGCAACAGCACCACCAGUCAAUAUGGCAAAACCACCUUCCCGUCCACCACCAGCUCCAUCAAAAACAGCAGCAGCACCACCAACCAUGAUGACUCCACCCGAAGAGCGCUCACAACCCGCUCCUCCUCAACGCCAAGCUGCUCCACCUAUGAUGGUUGGUGGCAACUCCAUCAUGGCAGAACUCUCACUGAAGCGUGCCGCUCAAGACAAUAACAAAGGACUGCUUCGUACCGUGCCAAAGAAAGAGCAAUCGCAGCUGGCAAUCAUCCAGUGGAUCAACAAGAAGCUGGAGGAAAACCAACGUGAUCAGAGAAUCGAGAAUUUGGAGAACGAUCUCAAAGAUGGAACUAUUUUGGCUGUGAUUCUCGAGAGUCUCAGUGGAUUGGCAAUCAAAGAUUUCAACAGAAAUCCACAAAACAAAAUACACAUGGUCGAGAAUCAAAACAUUAUAUUGCGUUUCCUCAAGGUUGUAGGUGUCAAUCUUGUAAAUAUCUCUGGUGAAGACCUCUGGGAGGCACGUCCUGAAACAAUGAUGAGAAUCCUCGGUAUCAUUAUCAAACAUUUUUCAGAAUCAAAUUCCAACACCAAAGCAAGACUUUCAAUGUUGGUCACACAUCAACAGCAAGUACAACAACCAAAUAGAAAACCACCACCUCCAGUACGAAAAGCAGCACCUGCACCACCACCUCCAUCGUCUGCCGUUGGCACAGAGGAACAACAAAAACCAACACCUGCAGCUGCAGCUGCACCUCCACCUACCGGACUGAGAAAAGUCCCAGCCAAACCAGCUGCCAAACCAUCUGCAUUCGUUGCUAAACCACCUCCAACCGUUGCCAAAGCUUCGGCUGGACCAUUACCAACACAACCAGCAACAACAUCUGUCCAACCACCCACUACCACUGCCAAACCAAGCGCACCACCCGUCGCCAAAAGACCAGCAGUUAAACCACCUGCACAACAACAACAAACAUCAAAUGGACAUGCUCCACAAGCUCCAGUUCCAAACAGAGCACCACGUCAACUUCCAACUCCACAAUCACAACAAUCACCAACACCACCACAACAACUUUCAACACAACCACCAAUACAAGCACGUGCCAAGCCAUCACUUCCACCAAGAAAUCACAACAACAACAACAACAACAACAACAACAACAACAACAACAACAAUACCAACCAAUUACCACCACCAGUUUCAGUUUCAAAUCAUCAAGCAGCAGCACCAUCACAUCAUAUUUCCGCAACCUCAAUUCCACCUCCACCUCUCGACAUUUUAACUCCACCACCUGUAUCAUCGCCACCGACUGACUUACCACCUCCACCACCCGCCACACCAUAUAGCCUCGACAAUCUUCCACCACCACCUCCACCUAUGGAUCCAAUCGAUGAGUAUGACGCAUCGCCGCACUCUGCCGAAUUGCCACCACCCCCUCCACCAUUACCCUCGACAUUGCCACCAACACUCUCAAUGGCCGGCGAUGAAUAUGUCUCCACUCCAUCUUCCGCUUCACCACCAACACCAGCUGUACCCUUACCCUCAGUUGCACCACCACCCAGAUCCGCAAAACCUCCACCACCCGCCAGAAACUACGCCAGUCAACCACGACCACCACCUCCUCCAAGAUCAAUAUCAGAACCAGAUCCAAUUCCAGUUGAACCAGUUUCAGUUCCAGAAUUGGAAAUCGAAACACCACCAUCACCACCAACAGCAACUACUCAAGAUGAUUACUACGAGGAGCAACAACAAUAUAAUGAAGAGGAACAACAACAAUAUUAUGAAGAGCAACAACAAUAUAAUGAACAAACAAUUGCUACCGAAGAAGUUUCAUCAGUUACAGAGGAAGAUGCCAACGACAAUCUAAACUCUGUCGUUCCAGACUCAAAUGAGGAUCUCACAUUUGAAGACCUGGAAUCGAUCAUCAAUAACAAUACAUUCAGUUUUGAAGAUCUUCUCAAACAACAUAAUAUUGAUAUGUCCACCCCAGAGUCGAAUGAUAUAAGCUACGACAUGAGUGCAGACAAUACUGCUGCCUCCAAAGAAGAUGAUUUAGAUGACCUCUUGGAUAGAUUGGCAAGAGGUGAAGUUCAUCCACCUUACCUUUUAGACUUACCAGAUCUUGAUAAAUCAAGUGGUCACAUUAGCAAUAACAAUAACAAUAGCAAUAACAAUAACGAUAGUAUAAUAAAAUUACGCAAUGUCACAAGAAAAUAUGAUUUGUUUAUGUUAAUAGUUAAAUAUUUAGUUAUAGUGGAUAUGAGUAUAAUAAAUAUUCAUGUUUAA